CGCAUGCCGUCCAUUUCCCAAUACAGUUUGGCUAAAAGAUAGGAAUAAAAAGACAGAGGCAGGAAAGGACAAGAGAGAGAUUGUAGCUCAGAAUCCAAAGACGUGUGUGAUGGAAAAGCAUCCGGGCUCCUUGUGCAUAAACCCUCAUGAGCUAUACUAUCUGAAAAUGCAAAGAAGCAGGGAAAAGCUGGAGAGGGAAAAGAUGGACGAGCAGAAUCGGUGCAAAAGGAAGUUGAGGGUAUGUGUGGCGACAUGCAACAGAGCGGACUACUCCAAGCUGGCUCCCAUUAUGUUUGGGAUCAAAUCCCAUUCUGAUGACUUUGAACUUGAAGCAGUGGUGCUUGGUUCACAUCUCAUUGAUGACUACGGGAACACUUUUCGUAUGAUUGAGCAGGAUGACUUUGACAUCAGCUCCAAGCUCCACACCAUCGUUAGAGGGGAAGACGAGGCAGCCAUGGUGGAGAGUGUCGGGCUGGCACUGGUGAAACUCCCUGAUGUCCUCCAGAGGCUGCAACCCGACAUCCUGGUCGUUCACGGUGACCGUUUUGAUGCGCUGGCUCUGGCGACGGCUGCAGCGCUGAUGAACAUUAGAAUACUUCACCUGGAGGGAGGAGAGGUGAGUGGUACAAUUGAUGACUCAAUCCGCCACGCCAUCAGUAAACUGGCCCACUACCAUGCCUGCUGCACACGUAGGGCAGAGCAGCACCUCAUUGCCAUGUGCGAGGACCACUCUCGCAUAUUGUUGGCCGGCUGCCCUUCUUACGAUAAGCUGCUGUCAUCUCAUCACAAACAAGACUACAUGGAUAUUAUUAAAAGCUGGCUGGGGGACAAGGUUCAAGAUCAGGACUACAUAGUGGCUUUGCAGCACCCAGUCACCACUGACAUCCAGCACUCUAUUAAGAUCUAUGGACUAAUGCUGGAUGCCCUGAUCUCCUUCAACAAGAAGACCCUCAUUCUCUUCCCUAACAUUGAUGCUGGAAGUAAGGAGAUGGUGCGCGUGAUGCGGAAGAAGGGCAUCGAGCAGCACCCCAACUUCCGGGCGGUGAAGCACAUUCCCUUUGAGCAGUUCAUUCAGCUGGUCUGCCACGCCGGCUGCAUGAUUGGAAAUAGCAGCUGUGGAGUACGAGAGGCCGGGGCCUUUGGCACACCUGUCAUUAACCUGGGAACAAGGCAAACAGGCAGAGAGACAGGUGAAAAUGUUCUACAUGUGAGAGAUGCCGACACUCAUAAUAAGAUCUACCAUGCUCUGGAGCUGCAGUUUGGAAAGAGAUACCCUUGCUCUAAGAUUUAUGGUGAUGGCAACGCAGUGCCCCGUAUACUCAAGUUUCUGCGUACCAUUGACCUGGACGAGCCCCUUCAGAAAACCUUCUGUUUCCCCCCAAUGAAAGACUCCAUCUCUCAGGAUAUCGAUCACAUCCUAGAGACGCAGAGUGCUCUGGCUGUUGACCUGGGAGGGACCAACCUCAGAGUGGCUAUUAUCUGCACGGGGGGUAGGAUAGUAAAGAAAUACACUCAGCCCAAUCCAAAGACCUUUGAGGCCAGGAUGCAACUCAUAUUAAAGAUGUGUGCAGAUGCCAUGCAGGACGCUGUCUGCCUCAACUGUAGAGUACUUGGAGUUGGAGUGUCUACAGGUGGGCGUGUAAACCCACAAGAAGGUGUGGUGCUCCACUCCACAAAGCUGAUCCAGGAGUGGUCGUCUGUGGACCUGAGAACGCCCAUCUCUGACGCGUUACACCUACCCGUCUGGGUCGACAAUGACGGGAACUGUGCUGCGCUGGCUGAGAGGAAGUUUGGUCACGGCAAGGGAGUGGAAAACUUUGUCACUGUCAUCACAGGAACAGGUAUUGGAGGAGGGAUUAUCCAUCACAAUGAGCUGGUUCAUGGCAGUACCUUCUGUGCUGCUGAGCUGGGACACAUCAUGGUUUCAUUAGAAGGCCCGGAGUGUUCAUGUGGCAGCAGAGGAUGCAUAGAGGCCUACGCGUCCGGCAUGGCCCUGCAGAGAGAAGCCAAGAGACUGCAUGAUGAGGACCUGCUGACAGUGGAGGGGAUGGAUAGGAAACUGAUGGAGCCAAUCACUGCUGCCCACCUCAUCAAUGCAGCCAAACUGGGGAACUCCAAAGCUGAAGCUGUUCUCAACAAAGCUUCCACAGCGCUAGGUGUGGGCAUCAUCAACAUCCUCCACAUAGUCAACCCCUCGCUGGUGAUUCUAUCAGGUGUCUUGGCCUCUUACUACCAGGCCCCAGUGCAACAAGUCAUCACUCAGAGAGCCCUCUUCUCCACCCAAAGUGUCAAAGUUGUCUCAUCAGACUUGGAAGAACCUGCUUUACUUGGAGCUGCUAGCAUGGUGUUAGACUAUGCCACCAGAAGAAUAUAUUGAAAGACAAAGCCCCUACUUCUUGAUUUUCUAAGGACUGCUACCAACAAAAAGACUGCAAAACUUUAAAGCAGUAAUUGUUCUAACACAUUAACAUAUCUAGGGGGGCACAUAUUGAGGGCUAGAGUGAAAGGCGAUGCGUUCAAACCAUCGUGUGGGUUGUUUUUUUUUAUAUAUAAAUCUUGCUUAUUGAUAAGCUUAAUGAUGGCAGUUUUUCUUGUGGUGUCCACAAAAAUGCAGAUUCUCAAGCCUGUGAAAUAAUACUUUAACCAGGCCAGAUGUUGGCUAGAUUCCAGCAUGGACACUUCAUCUGUGAAGUGGGUCCAUUGCACCCAAGCAUCACCUUUUCAAUAAUGUACAAAGCCAUCUUCAAACUAAUAAUACCCAUACAGGGCCAGAUUUACUUGUAAUAUGAUGUGGGAGGAUGAAAACCUCAUGCUAGUUUCCGAUGUGACCAAAAUAUUGCUGAAAAUUCUCAUUUUAUUUUCUCUGUUCAUUGCUUACUGUCUCACUUUUCUAUAAAACUUUUGUGGAAUUUUAAUUUUAAAUUUUUAUUUCUUUGGGAGAUAAGGGUGACUAUCAAGCUCAAGUUACAUUUCCAUGUUUUGUUAAAAUUUAAAUUAUUUAAGGUAUAGGAAAAUAUUCAAAGUGCUUUAAGAAGAUAAUAUGGUUUGUGGUCUUAAAGAUUAUAGGGGUGAUGACUGGAAAGUAUAAAAUCUGUUGAAACUGUUUUAUUAUAAUCAAAUGUUAACCACACAUCUUAUUAAGAUUUGAACUGAUCUGAUCUUUUAAAAAAUAUAUUUGAUUUCAAAAUAUGUAUGUGAUUUGUAUGUACUGUUACAUACUGUAUUGUACAUUACAUGUCAUUUGAACAUUUUG